AUGGCUACACUAGAAGUGCUUGACCUUACAAACAAACCAGUUGCUAUAAUAAUCAUUGGAGAAGUGAGACUAAUAGAAGGAUACAGGAAAAUUAUAAACACCAUUAACGUGACGAGAAUAGAAAAAUCCUUGGAAAAUAUAGAAACCAAAAUCAGACAAUCAGGAACAACAUCCUAUAUACUAAAACAAAAGUUACAGGAGAUAAAGAAUAAUUUAUAUCAGAUCAAACCCAAGAAAAACCCUCGUUCCAAAAGAUGGGAUUCAUUAGGAAAAGCAUGGAAAUGGAUCGCCGGAUCCCCAGACGCAGAUGAUUUGAAUGCUAUAACCAAAUCACUAGAUCAAUUAGUCGACAAUAGUAAUACACAAAUAACGAUUAACUCUAUUAUCCGAGAGAGAUUGCGAAACAUUUCAAAGAAUGAUAAGGAGACUACAAUGUUAAAACAACUAUAUGCGUUAGAUAUGAUCAAAAAUGUAAUAGAUCAGAUUGAAAUGGCAAUUAUAUUAUCUAAGAUAAAUAUUGUAAACCAAAAUCUACUAACGCCUAACGAAAUCGACCUAAUAUACCGAAAUCUUCACGACCAGAACAUCAGUACCGAUCUAGACUCGAUAGCGAACGGACUACGCACUACUACAAGCACCGAUUUUCGCGCGGUAGUGAACUACCUCAAGACAACGAACGCUGCGUUUCACACGUAUCAACUAGAUGAGGAGAAAACAACAAAAGUGGUGUUACUAGGCUUGACCGACAUGCCCCUGGAAGAGAUCACACGCAUACUGAAAGACGAAAAUAUCACACCUGUAUCCAUCAAGAAGCUGGGUAUAAAAAAGAAACGUUAUGACGAUCAAGCGACUACUACUACUACUACUACUCACGACCAGAACAUCAGAACCGAUAUGAUAGAAGAAAUACUACAAUUCAUAACAACGCGCAUAGCAGUGAAAGAUGACAUCAUACUGUACAUCAUAGAAAUCCCGAACCUCAGCACAAUAUCGUAUGCACACUUAAGAGUUGAGCCAGUAGUUAAGAAAAGUCAAAAAGUAAAACUAUUGUCCAACCGUUUCUUGCGAUAUGAAGAAAAUGUAUUGAAGCAAACAGGAACGUGCCUAAAAAUAAGCAACAUGACGUUAUGCAAGACAGACGAAAUCGAAGAUGUCUCUACGCACAAAUGUGAUGCCAAUAUGAUACUAGGACACCCAUGUGAAUGUGCUUUCGUAACAGCCAUAGAUCGAAGCACAGUAUUAGAGAUUAGUCCAACCAUAGUCCUUAUUAACGAUGCGAACGAUACCCUGUACUCGACCUGCGAUUCGACAGAAAUACCUCUCAAAGGAGCGAAGCGGCCAGCUACCGUGAGAAGGCGCAACGCACCAUCAGCAAUAUCGGCGUACCCGGCAACCGGCCAGCAGCAACGCGUCACCUGGAUUCAUCAGUUCUAG